CCUCUGAGUGUAAAUUAUGUAUUCAAUAGUCUUUUAAUACUAAAUAAUUAAUAACAUGUUGAAAUAUUUUUUGUGUGUAAGAUAAAAGGUCACAGUUAAUUGAAUAAAUGCAUACGUCUUCAAAAACUGUUAACAAUGCCAGAACGAAUUGAAAUUGGUGUUAUCCCUGAUAAUUUAAGGCAUGAGGAAACUAUUGUGCAAAUAGCAGAAGCCCUGGAUGACCUAAAUUUUUCUGUUUCAUACAUAUUUGACUGCAUUGACAAGAGACUCCAUGAAAAUAGUGAAAGGCUGUCAACUAUUAGAAAUAGAGCUACUAAGGUUCAAGAUCAGUUACAAUACUUACAAACUAAUUUAAAUUUAAAAGCGGUGAAAAUGUACUCUGCUGCAAAGUAUCCUGCUUGUCAUACAUACAAAGAGUACAAAAUGGCAAUACCACCUAAUUAUAAAGAUACUCACGAAAUACCCAAAACUUAUAAAUGUUCUGUACCCAUAAAAGAAGUGCCUGAAACGUAUUUGCCUUCCAACUGUAAAACAGAGGAUGCUCAGCAUGGGGCAAACAAUAAUUUGCAAGAGAAGUUGCAAUUUUAUCAUGUGCGGUCUAAGACAAGUAAAGAAGUUUAUACAGAUAGUAACGAACUAACAUUCCCUCUUCACUUAUAUUCGAUCAGCGCUCUCUUGUUCGAUAGUAUGGAUAAUCCUUAUAAGAUAUUAACUAAACAAACUGGCCAUCGAGCGAAUGAGUCCCAACAGAUUGAAGAUGCACCAGAUUCGAUUAUACAACCUUGGCUGACAUCAGAAAUGGAUUGGUCUAGUAGUUAUCUCUAUACUCCAACUUUAGGCGAGGUGCCACAGAUAAAUGUACCGCCAACUCUUCCAGAUUUACCUGGAAUUGUUGACGAUGAAAAAUUCGUGUUAGACCUUAAUUCUCAAAGUCCUAUUGCACCAUCUUCGGCUGUAACAACACCAACUGUUCGACUCGAUCUUCCGACUCCAACAUCAACUGCAGACGAGAAAGACUUAAAUAGAAAGCUGAAACAGAAUAUGCUUAAUCUACCAGGCUUUAUCGAUACUGACUCUUCAAAACAUUCUACUCAAGAUGCGACGAUACUUGUACCACCGCCACCGCCACCACCACCUAUAUCAGAAACUUAUACUACGACUACUCGAAAGGAUUCUAAGAAUAAGAGAAUUACUGGGGUGAAAAAUAAAUCAACAAAUUUAGAUGACCGUUCGAACUUAAUGGCUGCAAUUCGAGACGCAGGUGGCAUAGAAAGAGCAAAAUUGAGGCAUACAGUGCCACCAGAGGAGAAAGGAAACCGAUGGUCUUCUGCGUCGGUUGGAGGAGAUCUAAUGGCCGAUUUACAUGCAAAAUUAGCUCUCAGGAGGAAAGGAAUUGCAGGUACAGGAGGUAACGCCCUGGAAAGAAUGUCAAGCUUAAUUCCUCCUCCUCCAAAACCAAAUGAAGCAUCUACGUGGGAUAGGAACUCGGCUACCAGCGAAUGUGAUUCUCAGCCAGAUACUGAUGAUUGGGAUGAGUAA